UAUCACCGUACAGCAAAGGAUUAUACAAACUCGACCGUCAUUCCGCCACAAGAGGGGUCGAUUUAUGUACGCUAACACUGAUUUCAGCUGACACCGCCGUCGAUAACCUCGGAAGAAUUUAUUCGUCCCUGCUUGCUCCAUUUCCCCAGGACACUGCCUCCACCCACCCCAUAUAUCCCUUCCCUUCCGCGGAAUGUCCUCUCCACGGGAUCGUCCUAGAAACAAUCACACCAGGAUCCACGUCUUCGAUCCGACCAGCUACUGUCUCGAGAGUCCGUACUAGCUCCUGGGUCGUUCGUAGAUACUCCGAACUCCGAGGACACGGCUCGGCUGCACCAUGCCACCAGCUCAUGCUUGCAAUACCUGCAAGCGCCGGAAGGUCAAGUGUGAUGGGAUAGAACCCUGUGCCAACUGCCGGAUAUCAGGCCUUCAGUGCGGUUACAACGCACGCCGUAUGAGGCGUGCCCCCGAAAGCCCCAGAGCUGUCGACCAGACGCCAUCCCUGGCAGCAGCCUCGGAUCCCGACGCUGGUUUCGGCGGUGCCAUUCAAGCGCAAGCUGCCCUCGGUGUUGCCGUUGAACUACAGCAGGCCCUGACCGAAACCCAGCAAACCCAGCACCAAUCCCAAUCCCCCCAAUGGCUGUCGAGUCCGGAGACUCCGGACUCAAACUCCGGAGAGAGUGCCCAGGCCCCAAUCUUCCACUAUGAUGCUGUGCAAGUCCACUCGGCCUUGCUUACUGGCGUCGACGCACUCCUCGGCUCAGAGUCCAUCUUGGACGUCGCCCAUGAGUGUAUCGACUUCUUUGUGCAGUAUCUAUUUCCCAACACCCCGGUUGCACACGAACCAACUCUUCGAGCCGCCGUCACGCUUCUUGCUGUCGAUAGUCGCUCGACUCUUGCUGGCCGUACCCCAGCCUCCUCCAACACCGACCACAUAACAUGCUUGCGUAGAUUCGCCUUAAUCACCGCGCUCUGCGCCUUCGUCAUGUCUACCAUGCCAGCACCUCCCGCAUCGCCGUCACCGCGAUCCCUGCUGUCCAGAGUAUUCUUGGCAGCGUCGCGGGCCAUGCUCCGGGUUUACGAUGCGUACGACCUCGAACAUCCAGACUCCACGUCUCUCACCAUCCGCAUGUGGCAUUCAGCCGCGAUGCAAAAUACGACCGGCAGGGUAGGCACGUCUUAUCAGUACCACGCCGAGGCCGCCUUCUUGGCGCAACGGCUCCGCCUACAUGACGAGGCGGCUGUUCAACAACACACCAAACUGGAGUCCCAGAUCCUUCGCGCCAGCUUUUGGCUGUUAUACCUGGCGGAUAAAACAGCAAUAGCGUUAGAGACGCGGCCCCCGGUUUUGCAUGAAGCUGUCUUCGACAGUGAACUGACGCUGCUUGAUAAUGGCAAGCAAGAUGAGCCGCUCCUUGACUCCACGAAACCCGUGAACCGCAAUGCUCUCGAAACACGACUCUUUGUCGGCUUCCAUCUGAAACGGCGGAUCUGGGCGGCGGCGGCCGACCUGUUGGUCGAGAUUAAGUCUUUCUCGCGCCGCGAAGCUCGGGGUGAGAUCCAGCCAGGACCAGAGAGGGAGAACGAGCUUACCCGGCUGAGUGAGGCGUAUCUGCUGUUCGCAAGCCUAGCGGACCAGCUCCCGACAUGGCUCAAGAGUCCCGACGCCGCCUCCGACCAUGAAAGAGAUGCGAUGUAUGAGACCGUCAGCGCUUACCAAAGAAGUUGCUUCUGGACCCAGAGGAGCAACAUCAUGACCGUUUUCCACUGCAUGCGCCUGGUCAUCCUGCAGAAAUGUGUCGCCAGCGACCUCCCGUCCGUGGUCGGGCUAAACGGGCAGGUCAUGCCAUGCGCGAUGCGCAAGAUUGAGAUUGUCCGGGACUUUUUGCACGAGCUGCAGAUGGUGCCAUUUCGUUGCUUCAAGGCUCAGGGAGAGACGGCGGUGGGUUUACGUGGUUCCCCUACUUCCUUCAGAGACUGCACCAAGUGGCCAACAUCCGCAAGUAUAACGAGCUAAUAGGAACUCUUGCUUAGGUCGAACGGAUCCGCCGCGUCGGCACCAUCCUACUGGAGCUCGUUCACAACACGGAGAACAAGGUCAUCGAGAAGGUGGCACGCUCGCAGUUCGGACAGCUGUUAGACUUGUUGGCAAAACUGGAUUCCAAGGCCUCGGACGAGCUGGCUGGAGGUCCAGCUUGACCUACAACUGGCUCAAUCAUCACAUCGAGGGCACUCUCCAUCUUUCGUGGUCUAUUACCAGCACGCUGUCACGAUUCCUAACAAUGUAUAUUUGCUAUAGCAGGAGAAACAAGCCUACGGUAUUUCCAGC